UGUACAUGUUCAGACUUACUGGACCUCUUACUGUUUUAUCUGAACACCCCUGUAGAAUAAACCUUUGUCACAUUCAUUGUGACAAUUUUAUGAGACAAUAAAACGUUAUUUUAUAGGUGCUGUGCAUACAUGGGUGUUGACCAGCUUUGACAAAUGCAACAUCUUUCUUUCUUUCUUAGUGACAAUAAGGACAAUGAUGCUGCAUAGCCUUGCUGUCCAAUAAAGUUUUAAGAGGGCAAAGGGCAAUAAAAGCUGGAAUCAUGGUGCAAUCACAUUAAACAUUUCUUUCCUCAUAAAACAUUAAGCAUUGGUUAAUUUUUGAUUUUUAUUUUUCAUCAGAUACUACCGCCCACUUUUUUGGGAGUGGGGGGUGGCAGGAUAGGCAUAAAGAGCAGCAAUAGAGCCUCUGUUCUCUGUCAUUUUGUCUUCUAUCAGGGAAGGAGGAACAGGAGUAGCCCUGUGGAAUUUAACAACUGCACACUUCGAGGCUACUCUCUCUCAGACCAGAAGCCACUGACUCUGAUAUUUCAACCAAAAUGUCCACAUUCAUGAUGAAAAUGACAGAGCCUCUCAGCUGUGACCCUCAUGCCACAGUCUGUACUGGCACAAGCUGUCUCGUUCCUCCCAGUAACUUUAAUGAAAUCCUGAGCCUCGUGCUGAGCACCGUGCUCACCGUCAUGCUGGCUUUUGUCAUGUUCGCCAUGGGCUGCACCGUGGACACCAAAAAGCUAUGGGCCCACAUCAAACGACCCUGGGGAAUCUUCAUCGGCUUCCUCUGUCAGUUCGGCAUCAUGCCUUUCACAGCCUUUGCUCUGUCGUUGGCCUUCAACGUGCUGCCUGUGCAGGCGGUCGCCAUCAUUAUUAUGGGCUGCUGUCCAGGAGGAUCCAGCUCUAACAUCAUCUGCUACUGGCUCGAUGGAGACAUGGACCUCAGUAUCAGUAUGACCACCUGCUCCUCCAUCCUGGCCUUGGGGAUGAUGCCUCUCUGUCUGCUUAUUUAUACGACCACUUGGACUUCUGCUGACACAAUCAUGAUCCCAUAUGACAGUAUUGGUAUCACUCUUGUGGCUCUUCUUGUUCCAAUUUCGGCAGGAAUUUAUGUUAAACGCAGAUGGCCUGAAAUGGCAAAAAAGAUCCUCAAGAUAGGGUCCAUUUUGGGCUUUGUUCUGAUCAUUGUCAUAGCUGUGGUAGGAGGGAUUCUCUACCAGAGCUCCUGGGUUAUCGCCCCUUCUCUGUGGAUUAUCGGAACAAUCUACCCUUUCAUCGGCUUUGGCCUGGGCUUCCUCCUGGCUCGCUUUGUGGGUCAACCUUGGCACAGGUGCAGAACCAUCGCGUUGGAGACAGGUUUCCAGAACGCCCAGUUAUGCAGCACCAUCGUUCAACUGUCCUUCAGCCCUGCCGAACUGGAGGUCAUGUUUUCCUUCCCCCUCAUCUACAGCAUCUUCCAGCUGGUGGCGGCACUAUCAUCAGUGCUAGCUUACCAGGUCUAUAAAAAGAAGUGCAGGGGUUCAGCUGAGACCGACAGCGAGGCUCAAUCAAUAGAAGAAGGAGACGCUGAAACAACAAAAGGAAAGGACUUGGCUUUGGAGAACAACGCCUUUGAGUUUGAUGGGCGUUACAGCAGCAGUGAAGAAAAGGGAAAAGACCCGUACAAGAACACCCAGCUGUAAGAUCCCACCUCCUCAAACCACUGAAUGAACUCAGUUAACAGCAUGGGCAAACACAGAGACCAACAGCCAACACUGCACUCUGCAGGCCGGAGGUGUGCACUACAGGUCCUGGUCUACAACCUCAGGAAGUCUCCAGAAGAAAACAGCAACAUGAUUCGUAAAGACAUAUGGGAGAGCUACUGGCAAACAGUAGAAACCUCUUAUGUCCA